AUGAAUAAUUCUAGUUCUUUUAGUUCUUUUAAAAAAAACAGUCUACAAACGUCGAAAUAUCCACCAGGAGCACGUUUAUCUCCAUAUAACGGACAAUUAUUAUUGUCAACAGGAUACACUGGAUAUUCUAAAUUAUUACUUAAAUACUUUCUGGCACAAGGAAUUGCUUCAGGUCACCAUGUGCUGUUCUCCAGCGCUGAAGAAAAUUCAUCAGAUUUUAUAAAAGGACUGCCUUGGAUUACGAGUGAUGACACGAAUGAUUUGGAUGAUGGGACAAAGAUCGACGAUAAAAUGAAGAUUGCUUGGCGGUAUAAAGAAAUGAAGAAGUUUGAAUCUGGAAUUAAAACCAUACCAACUAUUUUCAAAGAUAAACAAAUCCCUAUCACUGGAUCUCAACCUCAACGACAGGAACAGCCCUUUUGCCAUACUUUCGAUUUAACAAAACAAAUUCCACAAUCAUCGAUAGAUUCGGCGUCAAUAACAUUAGUAGAUGCAAUUAAAUGGGCUGAUGAAUUACAUGAUGAAAGUAUAUAUGAUAAGCUUUUAUCCGAAAUCCGUCAUGUUAUUGAGCAAAACCAUUUUAGUUCGUUGGCUGCACCAUUGACUGGUGUUGAGAAAAACGCGUUAAGAAUUGGGAUACAUUCGAUUGUAUCACCUUCAUGGCGUUCCAAUUCUCCUCAUGUAUUUAUUAUUAUGUUCGAUUUAUCUGUGAUAACAAUUCCAGCUCAUUUAUAUUCAUCUAAUUCUGAACCUUGCUCAUUUAUAAGACGAAUUGAACAUAUAUCUGAUGCGGUUGUCGAAUUGGAAUCAUUUGCAGGUUCGUCUGCAACAGUAAACAAUAUAUAUAGUGCAUCAUAUCAUGGUUUAUUUCAUGUACAUAAAUUACCAACAAUCAACUCCCUUAUAUCGCCUUCAAUUAAAUUAUCAAUACUUUCGGGUGGGGGUGGUAAUAAUUUAGGAUUCAGGUUGAGAAGAAAAAAAUUUUCCAUCGAAACUUUCCACUUGCCACCUGAAGGUGGUUUAACAGUAAAGAAAGUAAUUAAGCCUGGAAGUGAUAAUGAACAAAAGGAUCCUUAUGAUUUUUGA